AUGGAUCUUGACGACCCCCAAGUCAAUGGGACGACCACCCCGUCCACACCCAAGCCAUCUGGCCUGGCAUUGACCGAGUACACCGCCAUGCCUACACCCCCCUCUGAACGAGCAGAUAUCCCCGCCUACGAUGUCCCUCGAGACUUUUUAUUGCCUAACGGCCACCCAGAUUACCUCCGACUCAUCCUCACAUCCCGUGUCUACGAUGUUGUUUCCGAGAGUCCGCUGUCUCACGCCGUCAACCUGUCCAACCGUCUUGAGUGCAAGGUGCUGCUCAAGCGGGAGGAUCUGCUACCAGUGUUCUCUUUCAAACUGCGCGGCGCAUACAACAAGAUGGCACACCUCCCACCUGAAGCGAGAUGGAAAGGAGUGAUAGCUUGUUCUGCGGGCAACCAUGCCCAGGGUGUGGCCUAUUCGGCACGGCACCUCAAAAUCCCUGCCACAAUUGUCAUGCCGCAAGGUACGCCGGCCAUCAAACAUUUGAACGUGAGCCGAAUGGGUGGAAGCGUGGUUUUGCACGGUGCGGACUUCGACUCGGCCAAGGAACACUGUCAUAUGCUGGAGAAGCAGUACGGCUUGACCAACAUUCCGCCGUUCGACGACCCGUAUGUCAUUGCCGGACAAGGGACAAUUGGUAUGGAACUCUUGAGACAGGCCUCUCUGCAGAAGCUCCAAGCUAUAUUCUGCUGUGUCGGCGGCGGUGGUUUGAUUGCUGGCAUCGGCGUGUACGUGAAAAGAAUCGCGCCGCAUGUGAAGAUCAUUGGCGUGGAAGCGUCAGAUGCCAACGCCCUGGUUCAGUCGCUCAAGGCUGGAAAGAGGGUGCUGCUGCGAGAAGUGGGUUUAUUCGCCGACGGUGCGGCCGUCAAGACGGUUGGUGAGGAAACCUUCCGACUGUGUCAAGAGGUCGUGGACGAGGUCAUCCAAGUCAGCACCGAUGAGAUCUGUGCGGCUAUUAAGGAUGUCUUCGAGGACACCCGGUCCGUUCUGGAACCGGCCGGCGCUUUAUCGCUGGCAGGGCUGAAGAAGUGGGUGGCCCAGAACCCUUCGGAAGACGCGAGUCGAGAACUAGUCGCCGUUGCCAGCGGCGCCAACAUGAACUUCGACCGAUUACGAUUCGUGGCCGAACGGGCCUCGCUCGGCGAGCAGAAAGAAGCGCUUCUGACCGUGGAAAUACCGGAACGGCCGGGCUCGUUCGCACAAUUGAUCGAAGCCGUUCUGCCCCAAGCAGUCACCGAGUUCGGAUAUAGGUACUCGAGCUCUGAAAAGGCACAUGUCUUGAUGGGUAUUUCUGUUUUCUCUGCGAAUGCAAGAGCUACUGAACUGGAAUCGCUCUUUUCCCGUUUAGCGGCCGAAGGUAUGACGGCGACAGAUGUCUCGGACGAUGAACUCGCCAAAACCCACAUUCGACACCUUGCCGGCGGACGAUCGGGCGUCCCAGAUGAAAGGCUGUAUAUGUUUGAGUUCCCCGAGCGGCCGGGUGCGCUUUUCAAAUUCCUGCGGACCCUUCGUCCAGGUCAGAGUAUUACCUUGUUCCAUUAUCGAAACUAUGGUGGAGAUGUGGGCAAGAUUCUAGCGGGCAUUCAGUGUCCAGAGUCGGAGAAGGACCAGCUGGAGGAUUUCCUCAAGGACAUAGGUUAUCCCUUCCGAGAGUGCACCGACAGUCCGAUAUAUAAGACGUUUUUGCGCGAGUAG